AUGAGUUUUCUCAAUCCCUUUUCGAGAAAAGGUGCUCAAUGGACCUUUGCGGGAUAUACUGCAGAGUUUCCAGAUGUGGAUGACGAUGCGGGCAACCUAGCAAAACACCGCUUGUGCAACGCAAAAUCAAUACCAGGAUGCAAAGCCUUUCAUAUCCCCAAAGAGGAUCCAUCUUUGUCCAAGGAGGUUGAAAUUGGAGAUGAUGCGUUAGGACAGCCGCUUGAAGACCAAGUUCUUGUCUUUCAAUACAAAGGAAAAUUCCACGCAGUUGACCAUCCAGUUUCCUCUCUCAAGAGGCACGCCUUUCGAUAUUGA